AUGGGGGUCGUGGAAAAGAUCAAGGAGAUCGAAGAUGAGAUGACGCGUACGCAGAAGAACAAGGCCACAGAGUACCACAUUGGUCUUCUGCGUGCCAAGCUCGCCAAGUUGCGUAUGCAACUCCUGGAACCGGAGAAGAAGAGCUCCAAGCCUGGCGAAGGCUUCGAUGUGAUGAAGUCGGGGAAUGCACGUGUCGUCCUGAUCGGUUUCCCGUCGGUGGGCAAGUCGACGCUGCUCAAUACCAUUACCGACACGGAAAGCGCAACGGCUGCUUAUGAAUAUACGACGCUCACUGCGAUUCCGGGCGUGCUCGAGUACGAGGGCGCGCGCAUCCAGCUCCUCGAUUUGCCGGGUAUUAUCGAAGGCGCUGCGCAGGGCCGCGGCCGUGGUCGCCAGGUCGUGAGUGUCGCCAAGACGGCGGACCUUGUGCUGAUGAUGCUCGACGCGACCAAGUCGGCGCAGCAGCGCCCGCUCCUCGAGAAGGAACUCGAGGACGUCGGCAUCCGCCUCAACCAGAACAAGCCCGACGUGGUACUCAAAAAGAAGUCGGGCGGUGGCAUUGUCGUGACCAAGGCCAUGGGCCUCACGCUGACCAAGAUUGACGAAAAGAUGAUCCGCUCGAUCCUCCAGGGCUACAAGAUUCAUAACUGCGACGUGAUGAUCCGCGAGGACAUCACCGUGGACCAGUUCAUCGACGUGCUGCUCGGCAACCGCAAGUACGUGCCGUGCCUCUACGUGUACAACAAGAUCGACCGCAUUAGUAUGGAAGAGAUGGAGCGCCUUGCAUUGCACUCGCGCAAUGUCGUGAUCAGCUGCGAGCUGAACCUCAAUUUGGACUACCUCAUCGACCGGAUUUGGGAAGAGCUGAACCUGAACCGGAUCUAUACCAAGAAGCGCGGCCAGCACCCCGAUCUCUCGGACCCGAUUGUCGUGCGCCGCGGUGCGACGAUUGAGCAUGUGUGUCACGGUGUACACCGUGCACUGGUCGAUAAAUUCGCCUAUGCAUCCGUGUACGGCAAGUCGAGCAAGUUUCCCCAGUCCCAAAAGGUGGGUCUUAACCACGUGGUCGCCAACGACGACGUCGUGACCAUCUUUACUCGGUAA